UAUUUUUUGAUAAGGGUUUAACAAGUUUUCACCUCCUGAAGUCUUACACCAUAUGUUCUAUGUUAUUUGAGUUUAAAUGAAGCACAGAGUGUGAUUACCCUUUUCUUUGGGAAAAGCAUUCCGGAAAGGAAACCCUGAGUAAUCGGAAGUGAUUAGUAGUGAACCAGACGUUUGAUGUCACCAAGGCCUGGGCGGAUCGGUUUCGGAGUGUGAGAGGAGUGUGCGGGGAAGUUAACCCAGGGAUACUAAGCCGAAGAACCUGUAAAGUGAGGCCCCCUGCGAUAGGAAGAGUAGGAAUCUGAGAGGUUUUUUCAGUAGAAGUCUUGGGGUGCAUUUUCAGUUGUUAAAAAAAGAUGGCUACUCUUGAAAGUUUAGAAGCCAAAGUCCUCCUUACUUCAACUCCAAUCCGAGGAGCGGGAGAUGGAAUGGAAACUGAGGAGCCACCUAAAUCCAUUGAAGUUACCUCUGGAAUCCAACCUAUAAAGCAUCACAUCCUUCAGAGUCCACGGAAGAAAGCAGUUCCAUCAGAGAGCCCAGGAGUUCUUCAGCUAGGGAAGAUUCUCGCUGAGAAAGCAGUGGAAGUCGAAGCUGUAAGAAUAUUAGUUCCCAAAGCCGCUAUAAUCCAUGACAUUCCCAACAAAAACGCAAAGGUGAAGUCUCUGGGACAUCAUAAAGGAGAAUUCCUCGGCCAGUUGGAGGGAGCCGUAGAACCCAGAAAGGAACUUUCCGAGGUAAAGAAUGUACUGGAAAAGCUUAAGAACUCUGAAAGGAGGUUACUGCAGGACAAAGAAGGUCUUUCAAACCAGCUGAGAGUACAGUCCGAGGUCAACCGUGAGUUAAAAAAGCUGCUGGUGGCUUCGGUUGGAGAUGAUCUUCAGUAUCACUUUGAACGUCUAUCCCGUGAGAAAAAUCAACUUAUUUUAGAAAAUGAAACCCUAGGUCGAAACAUAGCUCAACUUUCUGAACAGUUAGAACGCAUGUCGAUACAGUGCGACGUGUGGCGAAGUAAAUUCCUCGCGAGCAGGGUUAUGGCAGAUGAGUUAACCAACUCGAGAGCGGUUUUACAGCGUCAAAACCGUGAUGCACAGAGUGCCAUACAGGAUCUCCUCAGUGAACGGGAACAGUUUCGUCCGGAAAUGCUAUCUACCCAGAAACUGUUAGAAGAGCUCUUAGUCUCCUUGCAGUGGGGAAGAGAACAGACUUACUACCCCAGCGCACAGCCGCACAGCACAGCAGAACUAGCAUUAACGAAUCACAAGUUGGCAAAAGCAGUAAAGUCUCACCUUCUGGGAAAUGUUGGCACUAAUGGUCAAAAAAAGAUUCCAUCAACAGUUGAAUUCUGCAGCACCCCAGCAGAAAAAAUGGCUGAAACGGUUCUCCGUAUUUUGGAUCCAGUUACAUGCACAGAAAGCUCACCUGACAAUCCAUUUUCUGAGUCUUCACCAACCACCUUACUUGCUACAAAGAAAAAUAUUGGACGAUUUCAUCCCUAUACUAGAUACGAAAAUAUAACUUUCAAUUGCUGCAAUCACUGCCAGGGAGAACUUAUUGCCCUUUAACAUUCAACGUGUUGGAGGCACACUACAGGCACUUGCUUGUUACCCAAGAGUCAUUAUUAUUUGGGAGCUGGGGUUCUUUUAAUGCUAAAAGGAUUAUCACUUUCUAUUUAAAUAAUAUAUAUCCCUAUAGAUAUUUCAUGUACUGGACUCCAGAUUACCCUUUCUUAAUAAACAUCUCAGGGUAAGAAAAGAAUGAAACUGCACAGAUAUAUUUAAAGUAGAGAAUACUUUCCAGGCAUUACAUGAUGGUUUUCCUAAAGGACUAAAAGAAAAAGAUUGUAUACCUUUCUUUUAGGCCCAAAUGUAUUGUUUCUCUUGCUAUCCAUUUUACAUGGGCAGACUUAGUUUGUACUCUACAGCAAAGACUGGCAGACUGCAGCCUGAGUCACAUGCAGCCAUGCCCAUUCAUUUGCUGUUGUCUAAGGUUGUUUUUUUGUGCUACAGCAGCAGAACUGAGUACACACAGCACGGUUUGUGGGGCCAGCAAAGCCUAAAAUACUUAUUGUCUGGCCCUUUACAGAAGAAGGUUUCUGACCCUCUCUAAAGUAAAAGUUGCUGGCAAGGGUUGGGGAAGGAGUGAGGGAGGAGUCCUUUCCCUUUUUGGUGAUUUUGUGCCAGGGCUACAGAAGAGUCUUAUGGAAAUACUAUGGUGAGGGGACUAUUUUAAAAAUAAGUGCUAUGUGUUAGGAAAAUUUAAAGUAUUUUAGAGCCACAUUAACAAAUGUUUGAGCAAAACAUGUUCUCAUGUUGGUUUUCGCAGGGGAUUCCGUAUUUUCAAUGGAUGCCACUUGAUAUGUAGAAGAAACAUUUUAACUAUUGAGCUCAUUUUGGCAAAUACAACACAACAGGAAUAUCCAAUUUGAUACUUAGGAAAUAGGGUGGAGAAAGUAGGACCUUUCUAAAACUUGUACAGACUCAAAACUGCAAUUCAGUUUUUACUAUGUAAUAUAUAUUAUUAUUUAUUUAUGAUGGGUCAUCAUAAAACACCCUUGUAUUGGCCUUUAAAAAUGUCUACAAAAUGUUUAUGCCAAAUUACUAUAAUUAGCUGCAGAAGUACUUCUCAGAAAAGAAAUUCUUUUAAAAGACAAAUCUGGUCAAAUAACAAUUUUAGUAUCAACUUAAUGAUAUUUUAUUUGGUCUGAUUCAUCUGAGUUAUAGUUUGAAGUGGCAAUAAAAUUCUCUACCUUCUUCA